UGCUGAAGGAAGAGAGAAAGCCCUCCCUGACUGUCUCUUCCGUGCUCAGUCUGGUGAGAAGACUGUCGUUCCGGCCGCCUCAGCUCUGUGACCUCAGCUGCAGAGGUGUGAUUUGGGUCCCGUGACACUCAGGUCACCAUCCCGGCACCAGUGUCCGGUGGCUAGCCCGGCUCACGUGGCCAGAACAGUUCUGAAGACUGGGGCGGCCCUCAUUCCAUCCUGAGAAGGGCGGCAUCGGCCCAAGCGCUGUGGAAAUGAGAUAGUCUCGGUAUCUGUGGCUUCCGUCUCCAGGGAACUCAGGAGCAUCCCGUCUGUUAACCGAAUCUUGCUCUCUCACCCUGACUGGAGUACAGUGUGGCAUCAUCAUAGCUCACUGCAACCUCAAACUCCUGAGCUCAAGUGAUCCUACCGCCUCCGCCUCCCAGAGUGCUAAGAUUACAGGCAUGAGCCACCACGCCUAGCCCCUUAAUGUUUCUUGAAAGAGUGGAGUUUUCAUUCUCUCCUCCAGCUCCUCGGCGGCAGCAGACCAUUUCCACCACCAUUACUCCUUUGCAGACUGGUUGCCCAGUUCCCUCAAGGGGCACAUGAUGGCUUUGCCGUUUUAUCAGAGAUCCCACCAGCACUAUGAUCUCAGCUACCGCAACAAGGACCUUCGCACUACCGUGAGCCAUUACCAGCAGGACAAGAAGCGUUCUGCCAUCUACACCCAAGGCUCCACAGCCUACAGCACCCGCUCCUCGGCAGCGCACCGCCAGGAAUCGGAGGCCUUCAGCCAGGCGUCCGCCUCCUCCUACCAGCAGCAGGCCUCUCAGGCCUACAGUCUUGGGACCGCGCACUCCUCCCUGAGCUCUGAAGUCAGUCGGAAGGCAGCCUCAGCCUAUGACUAUGGCUACUCCCGUGGACUUACAGAUUCCAGUCUGCUGUUAGACGAUUAUUCAUCCAAGUUGAGUACCAAAACAAAGAGAGCCAAGCACAGCCUUCUAUCUGGAGAAGAGAAAGAAAAUCUACCAAGUGACUACAUGGUGCCUGUUUUCUCAGGACGUCAAGUGCAUGUCAGUGGAGUUACAGAUACAGAAGAAGAAAGAAUUAAAGAAGCUGCUGCUUACAUAGCCCAGAGGAAUCUUCUUGCUAGUGAGGAAGGAAUCAUAUCAUCUAAACAGUCCAAAGCGUCCAAACAGUCCACAGCAUCCAAACAGUCCCAAGCGUCCAAACGGUCUGUGGAAUCCAAACAGGCCACAUCCACUUUUCAACAGGAGGAAACUUUUGAGAAGAAGUCAAGGAAAGUUGCAAUUCGAGAAAAGGCAGAACACCUGUCACUGAGAAAAACAUUAGAAGAAACUGAGGCAUUUCAUGCCAAGUUGAAUGAAGACCAUCUUCUGCAUGCUCCUGAGUUUAUCAUUAAACCUCGUUCCCACACGGUUUGGGAGAAAGAGAAUGUAAAAUUACACUGUUCCGUAGCAGGCUGGCCAGAACCUCGUGUCACUUGGUAUAAAAACCAGGUGCCAAUAAAUGUCCAUGCAAACCCUGGAAAGUAUAUUAUUGAAAGUCGAUAUGGAAUGCACUCUCUGGAGAUUAACGCAUGUGAUUUUGAAGAUACAGCUCAGUACCGGGCCUCGGCCAUGAAUGUUAAAGGAGAGCUUUCAGCAUAUGCUUCAGUUGUGGUAAAGAGAUAUAAGGGAGAGUUUGAUGAGACUCGCUUCCGUGCUGGGGCUUCUACCAUGCCACUCAGCUUUGCUGUGACCCCUUAUGGUUAUGCAUCCAAGUUUGAGAUCCACUUUGAUGACAAGUUUGAUGUGUCUUUUGGGAGAGAGGGAGAGACAAUGAGUCUAGGCUGUCGUGUAGUCAUCACUCCUGAAAUUAAACAUUUCCAACCAGAGAUCCAGUGGUACAGAAAUGGAGAACCUGUUUCUCCAUCAAAAUGGGUGCAAACAAACUGGAGUGGAGAACGGGCAACGCUGACAUUUUCCCAUCUCAACAAGGAAGAUGAAGGCCUCUAUACAAUUCGUGUACGAAUGGGAGAUUAUUAUGAACAAUAUAGUGCUUACGUCUUUGUCCGAGAUGCUGAUGCAGAGAUUGAAGGAGCACCAGCCGCUCCCUUGGAUGUGGUGUGUCUGGAGGCCAACAAAGAUUAUAUCAUCAUCUCUUGGAAACAGCCAGCUGUAGAUGGAGGCAGUCCUAUUCUGGGAUACUUUAUUGAUAAAUGUGAGGUGGGCACAGACAGCUGGUCUCAGUGCAAUGACACACCUGUGAAGUUUGCCCGUUUCCCAGUCACUGGACUGAUAGAAGGUCGUUCCUAUAUAUUCCGAGUCCGAGCUGUGAAUAAAACUGGAAUAAGCCUACCCUCUCGAGUCUCCGAGCCUGUGGCUGCUCUGGACCCAGCUGAGAAAGCUAGACUUAAAAGUCGCCCUUCAGCACCCUGGACUGGACAGAUCAUUGUCACUGAAGAGGAACCUUCAGAGGGUAUUGUUCCUGGGCCCCCCAGAGACCUCUCUGUCACCGAGGCUACCCGCAGCUAUGUCGUGCUCAGCUGGAAGCCCCCUGGCCAGCGUGGCCAUGAGGGCAUUAUGUACUUUGUUGAAAAGUGUGAGGCAGGAACAGAAAAUUGGCAGCGGGUGAACACGGAGCUCCCGGUGAAGUCUCCCCGCUUUGCUCUGUUCGACUUGGCUGAGGGGAAAUCCUACUGUUUCCGCGUCCGCUGUUCUAAUUCCGCAGGAGUUGGGGAACCCUCAGAGGCAACAGAGGUGACCGUGGUAGGGGACAAGCUUGAUAUCCCAAAGGCCCCUGGCAAGAUCAUCCCAAGCAGAAAUACAGACACCUCCGUGGUGGUUACGUGGGAGGAGUCCAAAGAUGCUAAAGAGCUGGUCGGGUACUACAUAGAGUCGAGCGUCGUGGGCUCUGGCAAGUGGGAGCCCUGCAACAACAACCCCGUAAAGGGCUCACGAUUUACUUGUCAUGGAUUGGUGACUGGUCAGAGUUAUAUUUUCCGGGUCAGAGCAGUCAAUGCAGCUGGACUUAGUGAAUAUUCCCAGGAUUCAGAAGCUAUUGAAGUCAAAGCUGCUAUUGGGGGAGGAGUGUCUCCAGACGUGUGGCCUGCACUGAGCGAUGCACCUGGUGGACUAACAGCCUCCAGGGGGGGCGUGCAUGAAGCCUCUCCACCAACCUUCCAGAAAGAUGCUUUACUCGGGGGUAGCAAACCUAACAAACCUUCACUACCCAGUAGCUCCCCAAACCUGGGCCAGACAGAAGUGAGUAAAGUAAGUGAAACAGUUCAGGAAGAGCUUACCCCACCACCACAGAAAGCAGCUCCUAAGGGGAAAAGUAAGUCUGACCCCCUGAAAAAGAAGAAGGACAUAGCGGCACCGUCUCCACCCUACGGUAUCACUUGUCUUGAAAGUUGUCGUGACUCAAUGGUUCUUGGAUGGAAGCAACCAGAUAACACCGGAGGGGCAGAAAUUACUGGCUAUUAUGUGAACUAUCGAGAGGUAAUUGGUGGGGUGCCAGGAAAAUGGAGAGAAGCCAACAUCAAGGCUGUCAGCGAUGAGGCAUACAAGAUUAGCGACCUGAAGGAAAACAUGGUGUAUCAGUUCCAAGUGGCAGCCAUGAACAUCGCUGGGUUGGGUGUGCCCUCAGCAGUAAGCGAGUGCUUCAAGUGUGAAGAGUGGACCAUUGCUGUCCCAGGACCACCACAGAGUCUCAAGUACAGUGAAGUCAGGAAAGACUCCCUGGUUCUCCACUGGAAACCUCCAGUCCACUCUGGGCGAACUCCAGUCACUGGUUACUUCGUGGACAUGAAGGAGGCCAGUGCCAAAGAUGACCAGUGGCGAGGACUCAACAAGGCAGCUAUUAAAAACAUAUACCUGAAGGUGCGAGGUCUGAAGGAGGGUGCCAGCUACGUGUUCCGCGUCCGAGCCAUAAACCAGGCAGGAGUCGGGAAGCCAUCUGACCUCGCUGGCCCUGUUGUGGCAGAGACCCAUCCAGGAACCAAAGAAGUUGUUGUACAUGUGGAUGAUGAUGGAGUCGUUUCAUUGAAUUUCGAAUGUGAUCAGAUGUCUCCAAAGUCCGAGUUCAUGUGGUCCAAAGAUUAUGUGUCCACUGAAGACUCUCCACGACUAGAAGUUGAAAGCAAAGGCAACAAGACGAAAAUAACCUUCAAAGACCUCGGGAUGGAUGACGUGGGCAUUUACUCUUGCGAUGUAACAGACACUGAUGGAAUAGCAUCAAGCUACUUAAUAGACGAGGAAGAAUUGAAACGUUUACUUGCUCUCAGCCAAGAACACAAGUUCCCAGUUGUCCCAGUUAAAUCAGAGUUGGCAGUUGAAAUUCUGGAGAAAGGGGAGGUCCGGUUUUGGAUGCAGGCUGAGAAGCUGUCUGGCAACGCCAAAGUCAACUACAUAUUUAACGAAAGGGAAAUUUUUGAAGGGCCGAAAUAUAAAAUGCAUAUUGAUCGAAACACUGGCAUAAUUGAAAUGUUCAUGGACAAGCUACAGGAUGAUGAUGAGGGAACAUACACUUUUGAGCUUCAUGAUGGAAAAGCAACCAAUCAUUCUACUCUUGUUCUCAUUGGAGAUGUUUACAAAAAACUCCAGAAAGAAGCUGAAUUCCAGCGGCAAGAAUGGAUCAGAAAACAAGGUCCACAUUUUGUUGAGUAUUUGAGCUGGGAAGUGACUGGCGACUGUAAUGUACUAUUGAAAUGCAAGGUGGCAAAUAUUAAGAAGGAGACUCAUAUUGUGUGGUACAAAGAUGAGAGGGAGAUAUCAGUGGAUGAGAAGCAUGACUUUAAGGAUGGUAUAUGUACCCUGCUUAUAACAGAGUUUUCCAAGAAAGAUGCUGGGAUUUAUGAAGUUAUCCUGAAAGAUGACCGAGGAAAAGAUAAGAGCAGACUGAAGCUUGUGGAUGAAGCCUUUAAAGACCUGAUAACAGAAAUAUGCAAAAAAAUAGCUUUGUCUGCUACAGACCUGAAAAUUCAGAGCACAGCUGAGGGCAUCCGGCUGUACUCUUUUGUUACUUACUACCUGGAUGAUCUGAAAGUUAACUGGUCCCACAAUGGGACAGCUAUAAGGUACUCAGACAGAGUUAAGAGUGGGGUCACCGGGGAGCAGAUCUGGCUGCAAAUCAAUGAGCCCACUCCAAAUGACAAAGGGAAAUAUGUGAUGGAGCUCUUUGAUGGCAAAACUGGACACCAGAAGACAGUGGAUCUUUCUGGACAAGCAUUUGACGAGGCUUUUGCUGAGUUCCAGAGGUUGAAACAAGCUGCCAUUGCCGAGAAAAAUCGCGCCCGGGUGCUGGGUGGUCUCCCCGACGUGGUCACCAUCCAGGAGGGCAAGGCCCUUAAUCUCACUUGCAACGUGUGGGGCGACCCAAGUCCUGAGGUCUCGUGGUUGAAGAACGAGAAGCUCCUGGCCUCAGAUGACCACUGCAACCUCAAGUUCGAGGCUGGGAAGACGGCCUACUUCACCAUCAACGGUGUGACCACCUCUGACUCUGGCAAAUACGGGCUGGUUGUGAAGAACAAGUACGGCUCGGAGACCAGUGACUUCACUGUCAGCGUGUUCAUCCCAGAGGAGGAGGCCAGGCAGGCCGCCCUGGAGGCCCAGAAGGGCAGCAAGAAGGCCAAGUGACCGGAGCCUGGCGGCGGGGGCGCCAGGGGAGCCGAGGAGAGCUGAGCUGACCCGCGCCACUGGUGUGAGAAUGGUUUGGGUUAAGGAUGAGGAAGGCUUCAAGCUUUCUCCUCCCGAUUUUGUGCUGGUUUGGGGGAAAAUCUGUCAAGUCUUUUAUUGGUAUAAAAAAAAGCACCAACUAGUAGGUUUUCUUUCUCUACAAAUUAUGUGUUAAGAAAAUAUCAUUGGUGGUACGAAUAUUAGGAAACAGUUUUACAGAAAAGACCAGAAAAAAGUUGGAGGGACAUGGAAUGAUGAUGGGAGAGCAGAAGGAUGUGUUGUGGGACAGUCUGGGUCUGAGCAGUUGUGAAGCCCAUUGGUACACUUUGGUAUGUUUCAUGUGUUGUUAGGGCAGUGAUGUGCGUCUUUGUUGGCAUCUUGUGGUUCGGAACCUCCUCGGUGUGAAUAAACAGUUCUCACAUCUUUCCUCCUC